AUGGCUACAAUGAAGGCAGUCAACUAUCAGGGCCCGUUCAAGGUCACGGUGGAAGAGGUGCCAAAGCCCAAGAUUGAGCACCCGGACGAUGUUAUCGUCAAGGUUACUACUGCUGCAAUCUGUGGUAGUGACCUACACAUGUAUGAGGGCCGCACAGGCGCAGAGGCAGGCAUAACCUUCGGUCAUGAGAACAUGGGAAUAGUCGAGGAGCUCGGCGAGGGUGUGACUUUGCUGAAGAAGGGUGAUCGCGUUGUCAUGCCAUUCAACGUCGCCGACGGUCGCUGCCGCAACUGCGAGGAAGGCAAGACCGCAUUCUGCACCGGUGUGAACCCUGGCUUUGCGGGCGGCGCAUAUGGCUACGUCGCCAUGGGACCGUACCGCGGUGGCCAGGCGCAGUAUAUCCGCAUUCCGUACGCAGACUUCAAUGCUCUGAAGCUCCCACCUGGAACAGAAAACGAGAAGGACUUCAUCUUACUCGCCGAUAUCUUUCCCACAGGAUGGCACGGCCUGCGGGGCGCAAGCAAGUGCUUCGUCGUGGAUCGUGUGCCAGAGCGCCUGCAAGCGGCAGAGAAGAUCGGAUGCAUUGCAGUCAAUUUCGCGGAGGUUGACGUCGUCAAGACGAUCAUUGAGAAGAACGGCGGGAUGGUCGACCGCAGUGUCGAUGCUGUUGGCUAUCAAGCAACAGCUGGAAAUGACACCAAGGAGGUCCCGAACAUCGUGCUCGAGAACAUGAUCCAAAUUACGCGGCCUUGCGGAGGACUAGGUAUUCCAGGUCUGUACGUACCUACCGAUCCGGGCGCGCCGGACGCUGCCAGUGGAAAGGGCAUGUUGAGUUUGAGUUUUGGCAAGCUCUUUGAGAAGGGUCUAUCACUGGCGACGGGCCAGUGCAACGUCAAGCAAUACAACCGAUACCUCAGAGACUUGAUCAUCUCUGGUAAAGCGAAGCCGAGCUUUGUGGUCAGUCACGAAAUUGGUAUUGAGGACGCCGAAGUGGCAUAUGACAAGUUCGACAAGAGGAUUGACGGGUACACGAAGGUGCUGAUUCAUCCCAACGGGGGCUUCUGA